AUGGAAAGAUUUGAUUUAUCAUCAUUUGCAUACGUACAGAGAUGGGCAACUCUUGAUUUAAUAUAUAAUGGGAAGCAUCACUGGGUUAUUCCUGAUGUUUUAGUUAUGUAUUCUCAUAUAAUUGCAACAUCCAAAAAAGAAAUACAAGUUAUCAACAUUCCUAACAUUCCUGGCCCAUUUGAUGAAUUUAUAGAACAUCUUUAUUAUGGCUCUUUUCAAAUUAAUAGCGAAAAUGCAAGAUUUUAUUUUGCAAUUGGAAUAGCUCUCGGAAUUGAAGAUCUUACCAACUUCGCCAAGAAAUACGUCGAGAACUGUGAAUUAGAUUUAAUCAUAGAUUUAGCAAACAAGCUCGCAGAAUGUAAUUUAUUUGAUGAUGGAUUAAUUCAAACGAUUGCUAAAGAUUUUGGAACAGCAUUAACAACACCAUCAAUUAGAAAUUCACCUGCUCCACUAAUUUCUAAAAUUAAAUCAAGCCAAAUGUUUGUACUUCAUAAUCCAGUAGAAUUUGGUAAUUACGUUCUUUCUCGUAUUGAAUUUGACAGUGAGUUCGAACCUCUCCUAGUUUCCUACUUAGAAUCAGCUGUUAAAUCAGAAGAUAUCUCAUUAUUGCCAAGAUUACUUUCUUAUCCAAAUAUAAACCUCUCUAAGUAUUCCCAUAUAUUGGACAAGAUCAUGCAAUCUAUAUCAGGCUCAGAAGAGUAUUACAGAUUUGAUUCUUCAAAUCCACGAAAUGGAUUCAUUCAUAAAAACAUGCAGCACAUCGCACAACCUGUAAAUGAGAAAGGAACGUUUUCUAUCAAUGUCUCUUCCUCAGACGGAGAGAAAUUUGGACCAUUAAAUCUAUUUCAGGACAAAAGUGACGUUUAUUAUUGUUCUGGUGACCAGAACUCUGUUGUUGAAUGGAUACAGAUCGAGUUCCAUACAGGAAAAUUCCUUCUUAUUGAUUACAUUCUUGAAUCUUAUUAUUCGACCACAAAAACUGUUGCUCCGAUAAAAUGGAGAGUUGAAGGAUCAAAUGACGAGAACGAAUGGGAAAUUCUCGAUGAAAGAGAUGAAGAAACGCUUGUUAAAGCUCAAGGACCAGUGAAAUUCCAUAUUUCGAACAAUACAAAGAUUUACUCGAUGUACAGAAUCACCCAGCUCGAAAACAAUGGAACAAACAACAAGAGAUUCAUCCUUCAGUCUUUCGACGUUUUCGGUACUUAUACAAAACAUUAA